CCGAGACCGCGCAGGGGGAGGGUAGGCCGCCCGCUCGGCAGGGAGGACUAGUGCUAGUGAAAACAAAGAUGUCAACUGCACCACCCAAACAUUGACGCGGUGCUUCGCAGCUUCGCAGUGCUUUGACGAUGCGGCCCUGGCGCGCGCGGACGGAGUGCUGAGGGACGGAGGCAGGGACGGACUCGUGCUGCAGGCCGCGGAGGACGCCGCCAAGGCCGACCCAGGCCGUCGGACAGGGACAGGGGCGGACAUGCGAGGUGGAGCCGCAGCCGGCAGCAGGGACGCCAUAGGAGGCGCCAUGGGCAUGGGCCGAGCCUUCUUCGCCAGGGUGCACAUCGCGUUCGUGGGCUGCAUCCUGCUCUCGCUGGGGGUCAACUCCCUCGUCAUUUCGGCAGAAGUAAGCCCUCCUGAAAUUUUAGAUGUGACUGUCCCCAAAAAUGCAGUUGUGUGUGACAAUGCAACAUUGAUAUGUCAAGUUCGUCCAGCAUCAGCAAGAGUGUGGUGGUUUUCUGGAGGGAAGAAUUAUACAGAAUCAGAUUCCAGGAUUACUGUAGAAACUGUUACUGAUGAAAAUGGUGAAACUAUCAAUGCGACGUUGCAUUUCUCAUGUGUACAAGUGGCUGAUAUUGCCAAUUACACCUGUUUUGCUGUGGUACCUUCUGAAGGUGAAACUCCUGCCUCAAGCAAGACAGUUCUCCUAGAUGUCGGCGUCCCUGCGGAAAUAGUUUCCACAAAAGUUGGGCGUGCUAAAGUCAGCUCAGAAGAAACUCUGUCAUGUUCCAUUCGAGGUCAUCCACUAGGGCCUAUAAUCUGGCAGAAAGGCAACGAUACCCAAUCUCCAGAAGAGUUAAACCCGUUGGUUGAAACUAAAUUUCUCAAUGAUUCAUAUGCUGAAACUACCCUGAAAGUUCGAGAUUUAGUACGCAAAGACAAUGGCACCUACUAUUGCAAAGCACAAGGACCUUCUGGUGAAGCAGUUGCUCCUGUACCCCUUUAUGUCCUUGACACUCCUCUUGUUAACAUUGAUUUCAUCAAGGCAGUGGGUGCCACUAGAAUAUUCCUGAAUUGGACUGUGAGUGAUGGCAAUGAACCAGUCCAGCAAUAUUUCAUGCAGCAUAUGCAAAAUGGCACUGGUUCCUGGACUCACUACAACGAGUAUGUUGGAGGCGGGAAUACAAGCCAUGUUAUGAGUAACUUGGAACCUAAUUCGUCCUACAAGUUGCGUCUCUCUGCUAAGAAUGCUAUUGGUACUGGAAAUGUGUUUGAGCUUCCCAACUGGGUUACAACUCUGGGCUCAGAUCCAGUCUUUAUACCUGAAGUGUCUGUGAAAGGAGCAACUCCGGACUCUAUAUCCAUUGGUUGGACUUUGGCACCAAUGGCUGUACGAGAACAUAUUCACUACUACACAUUGGUUUUAAGCAACAACAAGACUCGAAGGGAAGCUAUUCACCCCGCCAAUAGCUACAUGAGUGUUUUUAUGUUCACUGACUUGGAGCCAGCUACUCUAUAUCACUUCAAAGUAGCGGCAUGUAGUGAAUUCACAAAAGAAUGUAACAGCUGGUCAAAACCUGUGGAUGGAACAACUAUGGAUGGAUUGGCGAGUCCCCCAGAAAAUGUGACUGUCACUUGCAAGUUUGACAAUGUGAGCUAUGCCAGCUUUGUCAUGGUGAGCUGGGCGCCUCCUCUGCACCCAAAUGGGCACAUAAUGCACUACAAUGUCCAUUUGAUUGGAGAAGCCAAAUUCUUAAAUGAAAAAGGCUCUUCAGAAAUAAUGACUUGGGGGCCCAAAGUGAAGACUAUUGAUUCAAACAUGCAUUCGGCGAGAUUUGAUGUGGUUCCUCCUAAUACCAACUACACUGUGAGCGUGUCAGGGGUUACUAGAUCGCGAGGUGGAGGUGGAGAAGCUACUCGCCACUGUAUGACACCCCCAACUAUACCAGAAAAAGAGAAAUUCUCUCGUAUUAACUGGGGCAAAUUUGAGGAGCAUGGUCGAUGGAUGUUCAAACUGUACCUCCCUCGUAUAUCGGAGAGAAAUGGACCUAUUUGUUGUUACAGGGUGUUUGUUGUGAAGCUUCCACCUCAACGAAGUAUUUCAGAUCUUCCCCCACCUGAAGAUUUCCCUAUAUCCACGUAUCAAGAAGUGCAGAGGAGUGCAGACGGAGGAGCGUAUGUUGCAGAAAUGUUCGAAAGCCUGCCCGCGAGUAGCGAUGUUAUUGUGGGAGAUGGUCGCAUGGUGGAGACCAAUGCCAGCGGAGCUUGCCAGAGGUGCAUGGGCCUGCGGAGACGCAUCCUGCCAAGGCCUCCCACCACUCCCAAACCUCUGUCUGGUGAUUCUGAAACCUUACCUCCUCCUGCGUACAUACCAUCGCUUAUGUCCACCACUGAGGAACCCCCAGCUGCUGAGGGUGAAACUACAUUACUGCCAUCAACACCAGUCAUAGUGAGCAGCUUACGAAAAAAGAGAUCAAACAACGAUAUCGUGAUAGAGGAGGCCAGUCUUGAGGAUGUGACAGGCCCCUCUGUUCCGGCUGCAGAUGCAAAUGAAUCCAAUGACUCCCUACCUGUGCAUGAUGGUCAGCUAGAUAUGAAUAGCAAUUAUACAGGAUUUGUUGAAGUAAUUGUACUCGGAAAUCAGAAAUCUGUGAUACCAGCCUACAGUGGUUAUUUUGUUGUAUUGAAUCCCGGACCUCAAGUGCUACACGCCACUGAAUCGACAACAAUUGUAACAAUUUUACAAGUUUUGUGUGCAUUGAUGCUUGUGGUCCUGGUAUUUUUAGCCGCUCUUUGUCUUUUGCAACGGUACACUAAACAAGUUGCAGAGUCUCAAGGAGUUGAAAUGAAUCUUCGCACAUCAUUCAGGCACUUGUAUCGCUCUCUCCGCGGUCGACACGUACUGGAAUCUCAGCAACCUCCCGACAUGACUCCUAUUGUUGCUUCCGAGCUUCCCUCUGCUUAUGGAGAAAGGCACAAGGACUCUGACUAUGGAUUCCAACAUGAAUUUGAGAUGUUGCCUGAUAGAUUUCCAGAUAGAACCACAUCUGCAUCUGAAACAAGAGAGAAUAUAUACAAAAACAGAUACCCAGAUAUCAAAGCUUAUGACCAAACAAGAGUCAAACUUGCUCAAAUAGAUAGUAUUGUUGGUUCUGAUUACAUUAAUGCUAAUUUUGUUGUUGGCUACAAAGAACGCAAGAAGUUCAUCUGUGCUCAAGGUCCAAUGGAAGACACUGUGUGUGAUUUCUGGCGCAUGAUUUGGGAACAGCACCUUGAAUUGGUGCUCAUGCUCACAAAUUUGGAAGAGUAUUCCAAAACUAAGUGUGCCAAAUAUUGGCCGGAUGCUGAGGGCACAAAGACUUUUGGAGAUAUUUCAGUCUCUCAUAUAAGUGAAAAGAAAUGUUCUGAUUACAUUUUAAGGGAGCUGAAAAUGACGAAAGGCAGUGGGUCAGAAACAAGGAAGAUUAUGCAGUACCAUUUCUUGGUUUGGAAGGAUUUCCAGGCACCUGAAUACCCUUCUGGAAUUCUUAAAUUCAUCAGAAGGAUGAAUGAAGCUUACUCCUUGGAAAAAGGGCCCAUUCUUGUUCAUUGCAGUGCUGGUGUUGGACGAACAGGAACUCUUGUAGCACUUGACUCCCUGAUUCAACAAUUAGCGGAAGAGAAACAAGUUGCUAUUUUUAACACUGUUUGUGACUUAAGACAUCAAAGGAACUUCUUGGUUCAGUCAUUGAAACAAUAUAUCUUUGUUUAUCGAGCAUUGGUUGAUGUUGCCCAAUUUGGUGACACAGAAUUGUCCUUGAAGAGCCUUAAAUCAUCAGUUGAAAGGCUGAGACAAAGAGAUAACGGACAAACUAAGACAAGGAUGGAGGAAGAAUUUGAUAAAAUUUGUGCUGUGGCCGAAGAACGCAAACUUGCCAACACUGGUGUUAUGGAAGAGCAUGCAGCCAAAAACCGAAGUGAAUCGGUUAUUCCUUAUGAUAGGAACCGUGUUAUUUUGUCCCCUCUAGCAAUCAGAGAUCAUGCCACCUAUAUCAAUGCCUCUUUCAUUGAGGGUUACGAUAACACAGAGUCAUACAUCAUUGCCCAAGACCCCCUGGAAAAUACUUGUGCAGAUUUUUGGAGAAUGCUCUCUGAGCAGUGUAUUAGUACACUUGUCAUGCUUUCAGAUAAACGACCCACAUCUGAGGAAAAUAAUAGUGGUGACAAUAGUAGAAAAUGUUUCCGUUACUGGCCUGAACCUGAUGAUGAAACCACUUAUGACCACAUUCGUGUGCGAUACAUCCAAAGUGAAAGUUGCCCCUAUUACACUAGAAGAGAAUUUAGCGUAACGAACAUCAAGAAUAAUGAAAAUACAUCAGUCACACAGUUCCAGUAUCAUGGUUGGCCAACAGUUGAGGGCCAGGUACCAGAAGUAACCCGAGGCUUGAUUGAACUUGCUGAUCAGGCACAGAAUCAUCAAACUAUUCAACAAGGCAGUGGUAGUACGACAGGACCAAUGGUUGUCCAUUGCAUGGCUGGUUCAGACCGUAGCUCCAUGUUUGUGGCUCUUAGUAUUUUAAUUCAACAGCUGCGCACUGAAAAGAAGAUUGACGUGUGCACAGUGUCUCGGAAACUUAGGUCCAUGCGACAGGGAAUGCUUCAGACUUUUGCUCAGUACGAGUUCCUUCACCGAGCCAUAGUUAACUAUGCGGACCUCCAUAACCUGACAGAGAAUGAAUGCAACGGCACCACCUGACACGACGCGGGCGCGCCCGUGGCUGCUGCCCUGGGCGCGUCUGCAUCUGCCACGUCUCCCCCCGCCUCUGCUGAGUGGCACGCGGGCACAGGCACCAGCUCUGGACUGCCCCCGCCUGUGCCAGACCGGCCCUCGAGUCGAGCUCGCAGCAAGUCCCUGGGCCAGCUUCUCAUCCCAUCCAAGCUCACAUUGUCAGCACAGUUGCCAGUUUAACAGGUGUCUAGUCAUCCCUCCGUCCUGCAGGCCUGCUUGUGUCGUGUCGUGUCACUUGCUCACUGAAACUUUCGGAACCAUUACUUGGAUGGUUGCGAAGAAUCAAAGUUCAGUAAGUAAGGUAAUCAUCCAAAGAACUAAAAGAAAUGAUUAUGUACCAAAAAAACAAAAACACAAGAAUCAGUUUUGUGAUGGACAAGGGGAAUGCACAAUUCUAAAUGGCAAGGCUGCAAACCUGACAAUGUUUUGCAUUUUUCAAAGGGAAUGCACUAUUUUAAAUGGCUGCAAACCUGACAAUGUUUUGCAUUUUUCAAAGGGAAUGCACUAUUUUAAAUGGCUGCAAACCUGACAAUGUUUUGCAUUUUUCAAAGGAAAAAAAAAUGUAAAUGGCUUUAAAAUGUAUUAUAUCAAUUUACUAGAGGUUAAAAAAAAAUACCUAUUUAAGUCUAGUCUGAUUUGUCAUUCUGAAUCCGUGUUAAAGUAUUCUUAAUCAGAUGACUAUGUGUAAGUUGAACAGUAUAUGCCCUUCUGCUCAUUUGAAAGUAGCUUAAAAUGGGACCAUCGAUGGUAAAGGCAAAAAAUUAUACUUCUCCUCUAUUGCUUCAUAUUGAAAAAUGUGUGAACAAGGUUCCAUACCAUAUUAGGCAAUGGUUUUCCAAUUUCAAAGUAAGGCCAACAUUGCACAACAUCAUAAGUCCUUCUCCCACUACUUUCACUUAAUGGAGCUCAUUAUCUAUUCUUUAAAUUUUUAUCUCACAUCAUUUUUUUGUUUUACAUGCAUGCAUGAAAUAUGUGGACAGUUGUAGCACAUCCAUGACAUCAGUAUGGUCUCUUUAUUUCCCUUCUCUUAAACUCCUAAACUCCUUCAACUCCUCUCUGUUCUCAAACAUUUUUUUGGUGACUGAAAGUAAACCUUAAACGUCAUUCUAUUUUUAAUUUCUUUUUGUUAUUUUGUCUCCUUUCUGAGAGGAUUGAAGACUAUGUGAUCAACAGCACAAAAAAAAUGUCAAUGUAAACAUCAUCCUAUGUAACUGCAACAAGGUAGUUUUAACUUUGUCAUUCUGGAAGUUCGAAAAUUCCCUGUAAAAACUAUACUGUAUUGUUUCGUUAAUAUGAUGUAAAUGAAAUGAAUGCAUUCAAGUACUGAUGACCACAAUGCAUCCAGUUGCUUGGAUGACACACAUAUUAGUCAAAAGAAAAACAUUUUAUUUUAUUCUAUAACUUUUUGCUUUUAAUUAAGUUGUGUAUAUUUUAGAGGUAAUUCUAGCAUUGUGGUACCUUAUAGUGCCACCUACUCGUCUGUUCAAUAUGUUUUUACAGUAUUAUUGAGUGCUUUUCUGCAUCAGUGAUGACUCAAUAAUAGUGCUUUUUCUAGUAAAAUUUUAACUACUGUUUUGCUGACUUCGACCAUGAACAGACUAAUUAGAGUGAGAUUGAUGGUAAUGAAAUUUUUAUUGUUUUAAAGUUAUGAUUUUAAUAUUGGUUGACUAUCGUUCCAGUGAUGCUCCUCUCACUCCCAAGUUUGCUUAUUUAACUAUUUGCAUUUUAGUGAUGCUUCUUGACUGAUUGUCGCUCUUAUCAUGUAAGAAAUACAUGUAUUGUUAAUAGACUCAGUAUUGUUAAUGAUGUUGGUAAGAAAUUUUGUGUGUGAUAUUGUGGUCAUUUUUUUUCUGGUGCAAGGAACCGAUUCCUUUCAGAGAAGUAGCUUGGUAAAUCUCGAUCGUUUGUGUCGUAAGGUUACUUUGUCCUCUCUGCACCAAAAACUUAUGGAUCCGCAACAAAGUCAUAAACCAAAAUUAUAUGCUUUCUAGUGUUUGUUUCAAAUCAUGACUAUUCACAGCCAAAGAACUUUUUUUUCAUAAACUCUCCUUUAAAUUGUAGGAUUAAGGGUUUUGGCAAGUGAAUGAAGUGAUAGUUGAAAACUUUGCAAUUUUCUGCAAAGCAGACUUGUCCCAAAUUUAUAUUCGAUUUUCAAUUACUACUCCUGUGCUUCAUUUCAUGUUAAUCCCUUAUAUUGAAUGCAAAAGCUCCUAUUUAGGAGACUUUUGAGAUUUUUUACCAUGUUUGGGAUGUGGCUAUCUUGUGUAUAGGUAAUCUAAAAUUUUCUUACUGCAUUGCUUAUGUAGUUGGUAGCUUUUUCAUUCUAAUGUGUCAUAUGAUAAGUAUUAAACAUGUGGGCAUACUGCUGAGUAUUGCUAAUGCUCAUUAGAUACGUAAUUGAAGAAUAGUCUGACUGUUCUAAAUGCUUGUUUUACUACAUGGUUUAUCCCUUAACAUAAGAAUUCUUUUAGUUCCUUUGAAGAAUUCCAACUGUUAAUAAAACUUCUGCAUCACACAUUGAACAUUUUAAGCAUCAUUGAUCCCAGAUGUUGUGAUUCAACACAAUUUAUUUUUUAAGUAGUAAUGCUUGUGUUCAUCAUUUGAUAUUGUCUCUGCAGUCAAACUUAAUUGCUUUAUGAGGUAGUCUUGAGAUACUUCUAAAUUGCUCAAAAUAAUCAUGAUGAUGAGGGCCAUGUGAACUGAUUUAUUAUGUGGUUCUCAAUGUCUUUAACGGUGACAGUUACGGUAGCUUUGGGUUUUAAUAUUUUGCAUUCUUUUUCAUCGAAAUCUCUCCAAUACAAAUUUUGAAACAUUUGGUGUGGUGUAUAACUUCUAGAGCAUGUUUAACUUUAAUGUGAACAUGUAUCCAGCUUAUUUAAGUCUGCUGUGUCAAAAACGCUUUUAAUUUUGUAUAAAACUAUUUUGUUAAUUUUGAAUGGUGUACUUAAGACGCUUCAUAGAGAAAAUUAGAGGAUGUACCUAUUUGUAACAACCUUUGUUAUUUGCCGUUGUUCUUUUUUCCUUUUUAAAUUUGAUUUUGUUUUCUGAUAUUGUAGUGGUACUGUGAGCCUAAAUAAUGUGAGCAGCUCGUGUAAAUUGUAAUGUAUUCAGUGGGACAUUUUUCAUACUCUCUUUAAGUUGUAAUUGUGAUAUUUUAAAAUAAAAUCCAGUGGACUUUCUUCAUUAGUUUUUUGUGCACAUGAAGCAAUGACAACCACUUUUUCUUCCCCUGAUAUUAUGAGCAUGUGUUAAGAGAGUGAAUUGCUGCUCACAUUGCUAUGGUUGUUUCCUUUAAGCAGUUUUCUCUAAAGUGGAAAAGAGGAACAAUGAAAGGGCUACAGAAAUUUUGAGUUCCCUACAAUUGUUAAACAUUCAACUGCGAAAGUAUAGAGUCGCACUGCAUUGACUGUGAUGCAAACAGAUGCAAAACUGGAAAACAAAGUCCUUAGAAUGGUUCGGUUUUCUGCGCAUAAGUAAAAGAAUGAAAAACAAGGAAGUUUGUAUAAUAUUCCAUCUGAUUCUGUUCUGUAUUGAAUGCUGUCCCCCUGCCCCCAGCCAUUCUUAACCUUUCUGUGAUUUUUAUACUGAUGUUUGUGUACAUAUGAACAGAAAAAUUUAAUUUGUCUUUUGUAUGCCCCUUUUUUAACUGAUACUGUAAAUGUAUGUAUUCAUAAUCUGUUUACCUACACUGAAACAUUGUCACCUUCAUAGGUUACAUGUUUUGUUUCUACAUAUUUAUAUUGCAGUACCAUCAUUGAUUCCAUUGAUGAAGCACAUUAUUGUACUUCUCGACAUACAAAUUUUGGACUAGGUUACAUACACCUGUAUUUGUCAUUGUGUAUGUAUUUUAAUGUAGAACUUGCUAAUAAUGAAAUGGUUACAAGUCCAUGGUAUUGACUUGUUUCUCUAGUGACUGUUGAUGGAUGCCUAGUUAUUAAUUUACCAUAUUGAAAGCAUCAUUAUUGAACAAUAUUUGUAUUGCUAUUCAAAACCGGUGGAAUCUCAAUAAAUGAGGUGAUUACAGGA